GUGACGAGGGUGAUUCAGAGUCAGCCACAAUGAUCCCCGAAACACUAAGAAAUACAGGUCAUCAUCCUGCACCGAAACUGAUAUCUGACGAUGGUCUUAUAAUGCCCCGAAAACCUGCGAACCCCGUUAGAGAAAACCCCGACCGACAAAAUCUACACAAAGAGUUAUUAUUCAAUCAGAAAAUAGGUAAAAAUGUGUUAAAUCAAAAAACAGAACUCCAACGCGCCUUAGAGAAACAGAAGGACAAUCUGGCCAGAAAGCAACUCGAAAACCACAUAGCAGCAAAGGCCCCGGAACUUGAAAAAGUCAUUGCGGACAGGGCGAAAAGAUUGCAGAAUCCGAAUGAUGACAAGAAUGAAGAUGAGAAAGUCCUCAAUAAAGAACUCCUUCAAAUUCGAAUGAAACUGAAAACCCGAAAUAAUAGCAACUGAACGAAACAUCAUUUAAAUAUUAAGUUGUUUGAUAUAAGAUGAAUUAUUUAAUGAAUCGAUUUAUCUUGGCAGAAUGUCAAAUUAUUGUGUUUUAGGCAUAGAUUAUUUAAUGUGAUAAGUAUUGGACUAAGUUUUUUAUUUCAAGAACAUUAUAAAUGUAUAGUAUAAAUAUAAGAAUGAAAAAUAUUUUUUUCUAUUUCUAUUUUGGAAUAUUCACCAGAUGAGACUGUGCAGAUUUAUUCUUACUAAACUGCCUCAAAAAUGCAAAUAACUUCAUAACAAAUGUACAGUAAUAAUAUAAUUCAAUAAACAAUCAGACUUGGAAAUUC